AAGUAUCGUGAUAAUGCUGUCCUCGUUCAUCAACUCCGGCCGUAUCCUGGCUGCUUUACUGGUAUGAGUCUGACCCACCAACACGAUUCAUGACACUGACAUGAUGAAACAGGUCCUUCCUGCUGUCGCCGCACCGACCGUUGCCAACAAAGAUGCCUCAGCCAUUUCUGGGUAUGGCAUCAAAGAGCUUACAUGGGAGCUUCAGACUGCUCCCGGAGGUCCUGCCGUAAACGUUACAGGCACCAUUGAGCAAGCCUACAAGCACAUGAAAACCAUUAACCCAGGCUUCAUCUCCGACUUUGGCUUUGACCAACCAGUCAACGUCUCUUCGCUCUCCAUGCCCCUCGAGUCACGCGGAUACACGAUCGAUCACAUUACUUGCGACGUCUUUGAAUGGGCCUUCCUGGAGGAAAUCCAAACGGGCAUGUUCUACCUAAACAACAUUCCCGGCAAACCGACCAACGGCCCUGGCCCUGGUAACUGUGGUCGGGUCAGUUGCUCAUACGGUGCUGCUACUUACUGGUGCAAUGAUAACACUGUCAGCAAAACGAUUGACACGUUCGGCUACAUUACUGGCGCUGCCCAGACCAUUGUCAACAACUGCCCUCAACGUAUAGGUUUGUGGAACAUGGGACCGUAUGCGGAAUUGACCAAGGGUCAGAUCUUCAUGACGGAUAAUUGGAAUGUCAUUGUUAGGUAUGACGAGUGCUAGGCAAACAGCGCAGGGCGUGUUGUGGGUGGGUUUCUGCCUGUACGUGGUGCAAAUAGACAGAGUCACCUAUGGCUUGAAGUCCAUGGAGACUACGAGCUUGCUCAGGAAUGUUGGCGAUGGUUAG